AACACUGCGGUGUUGUGUGAAAAGUAGUUCCGUAUUAUUUCACUGGAAUUCCUUUCCUCCUUACGUGGUAUCCAAUUCCUUUCGGAUCAGCAAGUUUCACCAAUUAGUAAUUUAGUAAGUUUAAAGAGUUUGUUUUGUUUGUGUGAUAAGAGUUGAUUAGUUGUGAUAAGAUUAAUAUUCCUCCGCCAUGAUUGUCCUCCAGUGUUGAAUUUCAUCAGUGACAGAAGGGAGGGUUCUCGUAAAGGUUUGCGUAAAAACCCAACAAAAACACCAAAUAAAGUGAUUAUCUUCCAAAGAAAUGUGUUAUUCGCUAGAUUAUAAAGCGGAUGCUUAGUGUUAGUUUUUAAAAAUCGAUGUAUUGACAUUGCCGGUGCUAUUUGAACUUUUUUGGAGUUAACUCUUGUGCUUUUAUUUGUGAUAAGACGAACUUGAACAAUGGAAGCAAUAGCGAAGCACGAAUUCAACGCAACAGCUGACGAUGAGCUUAGUUUUCGAAGAUCUCAAGUUUUAAAGAUUCUGAAUAUGGAAGACGACAUGAACUGGUACAGGGCGGAACUUGAUGGCAGAGAAGGCCUAAUUCCUAGUAAUUACAUAGAAAUGAAAAACCACAGUUGGUACUAUGGUAGAAUCACAAGAGCUGAUGCUGAAAAACUGCUCUCAAAUAAGCACGAAGGGGCCUUUCUCAUACGUAUUAGUGAAUCCAGUCCAGGAGAUUUUUCUCUAUCUGUCAAGUGUUCUGACGGUGUGCAACAUUUUAAGGUGCUAAGGGACGCCCAAGGCAAAUUCUUUCUCUGGGUAGUCAAAUUUAACUCUUUAAAUGAAUUAGUAGAAUAUCAUCGCACGUCCUCCGUGUCCCGUUCACAAGACGUUAAGUUGAAGGACAUGGUGGCAGAAGAGUGCUUGGUACAGGCCUUAUACGAUUUUACUCCACAAGAAGCUGGCGAACUUGAAUUCCGAAGGGGCGACGUAAUCACGGUGACGGAUCGCACAGAUCAGCACUGGUGGCAUGGCGAAAUCGGGCACCGCCGCGGCCUAUUCCCCGCUACUUAUGUCACGCCUUAUCACACAUAAUAUAUUUCUUCUAAUUACGUUAUUUUUUCAAAGGCAUUAUUUCACUACUCUUGGAAAACCUACAAACUGUGGGCGUUUUUUACUUGUUUUUUAAUUUAUGUGAUUUUGUAAUUUUUUAGAUGAUUUUAAUUGCUCAUUGUUUUUGGAAAAUCUCUUAAUGUAGUUUUAAGAUCAAAUAUUUUUAUAUUGGAUCAAUUGUACUGAAAAACAUGAAAUUAAUUAAUCUUCAGUUCAGUAGGUUAUGGAAUAUAUAUAAUGUUUAAUUUUUUAGGUAGAGUGUAUUACAGUUUGCUUACAUUUUACUUUGUUCAGAUAUGCAACGAAAUUAACAAGUUAGGAUUGAAGUGGAGCUAGUUUCCGUCGAAGAUUUAAUAUUUAAAUCCAUUUUCCUAUAAGAAUAGUGCACUACAUUAUCGUAUUUUUAGCAAAUCAGAUGCCAUUUUUGUAUUUCAUUAAGUUUAUGGAGAUUUGUGAAUUUUAUUUUCAAAUAUUUUUAUUUGUAUAUAAUGCGUUAGAGAUUAUGCCAGAUUUUUUUAUUCAACACUCAAUCAUUUGGCAUUUUCUUGCUUUGACUUUUAGACUUUGUAUGUAAAUACUAACAUAGUUUUAUUAUUACAAUAUUGCAUUAUUAUAAUAGGCGAGUAUAAGUAAAUAUAUGUUAUAUAAAU